AUGCAAUUCUCAAUUGUCCUCGCUGCUCUCACUGCCCUGUUCGUCGCUCAGACUUCGGCUAGCUUCUGCCACAACUACAAUCGCGAUGAGUGCCUCCAGUACCCGGCGUUCUGCGGAUGGAACGCUGCACUUGGUUGCAUCGAGCUUCCUUGCUUUGGCAACUGCAACUUCAAGAUGCAAUUCUCCAUCAUUCUCCCUACUGCUAUGGUCCUCUCCGCCGCCCAACACUCGGUUGCUGCGCCCCUUGACAAUGGCGAGAAUCUCGUAAAGCGAAUUCAGUACUGUAACGACAAUGAUCACGAUCAAUGUCUGCGCGAGUACAAGUAUUGCGGCUGGGUCGCCGCACUGGGUUGCUUCCAGCUUCCGUGCUAUCCCAACUGCAAGCCUUAG